AUGUCGGAAUCAACUGUGUCCGUAUCGCUCGCCGGCGACGCCGACGCCACCGCGCGAGUCGGCGGCGACGUCGGGACAAACGAGGCGACGACGACGACGACGACGCCGACGACGACGGGAGCGACGAAGCCACGCCACAGGAACUUUCGCCGUCGGGCAGCGCAUGAUCGAAGGGAGCGAUGGAGGCAGGCACAGACGGCCAACUGGCGCCGAGGCGCGGAGACUGACAGCGAAGACCACAGCGAUUCAUCGCACUCGGACGCCGUGAUGCGUUGGAAGCAAGGAUCGAGCGCCGACGAGGCCGACGAGAUUGACCUCAAAAUGCCAGAGCACUUAAAGCCGGUAUUCGUGCAAGGAAAGUUGAUGAUGCGAAAGAAAAAGCAGUCCAGCGCGCAUGUGCGGUCGAAAAAGACGCUUCACGCGUCGAGUUCCGAGACGGCUUCGCACUCGUCGCGAAGUAUAUCUGAAUGGGAGCGCGCGCAGACUGCCGCUUGGCGUGGGCAAGAGCAAGCGGUUCCAUCUGGUUUGCAAGACUGGGACGACGACGACGACGACGAUUUUGCGAAUCGGUUGCGCCAGCCCUUGAAGUUGCCAUCCACAGUCGCGUCGAGUAGUAGUAGCAGUAGCAGCAGCAGCUCUUCGAGCUCUUCGAGCGGCAGUGGCAACGAUGGCUCGGCGAAAAAAGCGCCGUCGAAGCCCAAACCAUCGAUGCUCACCAGACAAGAUCACAUCAGGCACGUUGAUGAGAGUGACAAGGAGUAUUACACCCCUACUGACUCCGACGACACGUUUGAAUCCACUGACGGUGACGAUGCGAGCGCCGAAUGCGAGGACGACGAGGUCGACGAAUUUGAUGAAGAGUUUGACGACGACGAGAACGGCGCUGAAGCGCGAAAAAAGUUGAGAAAGAAAAAGAAAAGAACAGACAAAAGGGCGUUGGGUAAAGCUCUCACGCCGCCGAUGAGUCCGAAGAGCAAGGCGAGGCAUCGUUGCAUCAAAGGAGAGCUCGCAGCGUCAAAGGCACGAACGGAAGCGCUUCGCGCGCAGCACGCCGCCGUCAAGUACGCAUUGGAAGUGGAGAGCGAAACAGGCGAGCGUGUGGUGAAUGAUGAGCUCAGUCUGGUGCUCGCCGAAGCUAGCAAAGAGAGUGGAACGAUCGACGCCGGGAUGCGAGUGCGCGCGAGCAUGUUUGCGAAGACAAACGGGCUUUCACCUUUACCGGUUUGCACGUGCAACGAGACGCCCAUGACGCUCAUCGGCUCCAAUCACAAAGGUUCGUGUGCGGCGUAUUGCCAAAUUCACAUGCCGUUUGCGGCUGCGAAAAUGGGGGUGUACGGAACUUCGCAUAGUGAAAAUCACGUCGAAGAGGCGACUCGACGUCUACGAGCGGUGUAUCUAGAAGAGAAGGCGAUCGAAGAAAAGCAAAAGCAAAAGGUGCGAAAUGCUGAAGCGCGACGAAAAGCGCGAGGUGACUUUUCGUGGGCGAAGGGUGGAGCCCUGGAACGUCAAGCUGGUGAUUCGAGUGACUCCGACUGGGACAUAGCGCGUGUGUCGAAGACGGUCGGUGGGCACGGCGGCCCGCCCUUGGUGGUCCCGAAUCCCCAGAUCGAGCGCUCAAAGCAGCGUCUCGCGGAGCUUCGCGAGUCGCACGGGUACCAACUCUUCGAGACUCGCACACAUUACAUGAUCGUGACCAAUAACAGGAGCAAAUCAUUGUAUCGUCUGGCAAAGAUCGAGCGUUUUUCAGAUGAGUUUCGAAUCGAUGAAGAUCCAUUCUUGUACUCACAGAUGCAAAUUCAAAACUUGCUCAAGAUGGCCGCAAUGUCGCAGCAAGGGUGUAGACGUAUAAGUGGAGGACAUGGGAUCGUCGGUUUCAUCCAGUUGUACAACUUUGAAUCGACGUCUGAGACGGGUCUCGACUUGGACGCGAUGAACGAUUGCAAAGGAGGUGACAUUAUUAAAAUCACUGAACAAAUUUAUCGUAAGCACAUAUGGGCCAUGAAGCGCAAAGAGCUGAUGUUUUCGUUCCUCGAGCGAACGAAGACGGUGCGCGGCAUUCCAAGUUACCUCUAUCAGCUUGGCCCGCAUCAAGGCUAUACGCUCUUCAGCGGCGCAGACCAAGUGAGACCCGUAGGCAAGUUUGGUGUGAAGACGCACACGAGAGCGGUGCCGCCAGGAGCGUUAAGCGCCGCCGCGAAGCAGAUCGCAUCUGAUCCCAACGAGACGGCGGGCGCUCCCACAGACAUCAACGGUGAAGCCGAAACUGAAGUGGAGCGUAAUAAAGCGCAGCAGGAUCGUAGACCGAAUUGGUUUGAUCGCAUCGUCGCGAAUAUCGACGAAGCGGUUCAGAAUCAAGAAGAAGAAUUGCGAAGGCUUGAAUUGAAGAAGAUGACUAAAGAUCAAAAUGACGAAAUAGUGGAACAACAGCGCCUCGAGCAAUUGAAGCGAGAGGAAGAAGCGGCCGCAGCUCUCGCCGCGAGCGAGGACAAUUGGACGAAAAUGAUUCUCGAGGGUUUCAUUGUACCUGAAAUUCCCACCGACAACGCGCUUCCGGGACAAGUCAUGCAAAUCGCUGCAAACAAAUACAUUUACCGAACCAAGUACUUGACGGUUUUCAGAGAGCUCGAUCCUUCUGAAGACGACGAGAGCGAUCCAGACGAUGCAGCGCUUCGUGAAGAGGAUGUGGGGUCGAGUUCGGAUUCUGAACGCGCAAAAUCGGAUAAGAGGCGUACAGAUCAACAGCCAUCGUCACCGACGCAGACACCUGCGUCUCCAAAGAUAUUCGAUCGCUUGAAGAGUAUGUUCCAAUCGAAGAAGCAACCAGAUAUUGAGAAGCAGGUGAGUUUUCACACCCCCGCAGACGACGACGUUCUCGCCGAGCGCGCCGACAUGCCGCCUUCCCAAAUGAGCAAGCAAAUGAGCCAAGAUUUACAAGAAGCGGAUGGUGUGAAAACGAAUCAGUCCAUCCGGCAUUCUUUGUCACCUAUCAGCACGACACGAGCUGGUGUCGCCAAAGACGGCGACGUCCUUCCGCCGAAGUCGCCAAAGUCACCAAAGUCACCAAAGUCUACUGAUAUCAAACCACAGAAGGAAAACGCGGUGGUGAUCAACAGCAAGGUGUAUCCCGAGGACAAAAAUGUCUUCCAGUCUGACAGCGAUCCAGAUUGGGAUUCUGACGGCGACGCUUUCGAGUACUCUGACGAAUCGAGCGACACCGACGAAGACGAAGAAGUUUUCGUCGAGUAUACGUUGAUUGAACGCAUUCUCAUCUUUCUCGGGUUUUUGGAGGAUCGCCAGGCGAAGGAAAAGGCGGCGCACGAAUCAUCCGACUCCGAAGAAGAACCCACAGCUGGCAUAUUUACUCGAGUCUACGACGGCGUCGGCGCGAUGAUGAAUUCGGCGCCGACGUCAACGAAAUCAGCGGCAGCCCCUGGUACGAAGAAGCCCAAGCCCGGACAGCGUAAGAAAGCAGAUGGCGUGUACAGAAAGAAGAAAGACUCAGCUCACACGAAGCGAAGGCUCACAAAAGAAGAGCUCGCUGCCGCUGUUGAGCGUCGUCGCGUCGCUUUGGAAGCAAGGGAAAAGCGCCGAAAGCGCCGCGCCGAGAUCCGCGCCGCGAGGGCCAAGGCUCAAGCGAAAGCGCAGGCGCGCAUCGAUCGCUACAAAUUCGACCCCGAUCAAGACAUAAUUAAACUGCGCUUUAAAGCGUUCGGUGGCCACGCACCGAUGAUGUUGUAA